AUGUAUCGUGCUCUUCGCUCAAACAGCCCUUCAAGGGACGACUUUCCAGAUGCCGAAAAAUUCGUAAAAGUUCCCGAAAAUCAUGACCCAAAAAAUGUUAUUCGCAGGAAUCUUUCGUGGUUUCUCUUCCUACUUUCAUUGAUAGUUAAUGUCAGUCUUUUCGUCGUUAUAACGAUGAGAAAAGAUGUUCCCCAAUGUUUGGAAAGCUCGAAAUUUGCUGGAUUGAAAAGAACAGUUCCAAAAGCAUGGACUCCAAAUAGUGGUGCCAAUGAAACCGAGCAGGAUGCGCUCUGGUACGAAACAAGCUAUGAUCGUGGUCAGAUUGCUCUCGACGACGACUACGCGAAGGGGAUGGGACUUCCCAGAGCUCAGCGAUUUCCUUGGGACCAAUCAAAAGGAAUUUAUCUUAUAAAUGCAUAUCAUAACAUACAUUGCGUCAAAACCAUUCGAACGUCAGUGGUGGAGUUUCACAACGACGUGCCACAGAGCUCGCCAUAUCUUCAUGUCGUACACUGCUUGAACGUACUUCGCGAUGAAGUUAUGUGCAAUGCUGAUGAUACUCCACGAUACACAGGAUUUCAAGAAAACCAGAAGAGCGGCUUAGGACAAGUCCGUAUGUGUCGUGAUUGGAAGCAGCUGGAGGCCUGGGCUGAUGAGCACACUGCCUGUUGGAGACACGUUGGCGAAAUAAGAGAGGAUGGAUUCCGCGAAUUGGACAGAUACCGUUUCUGUCCACCUGGGUCGCCUUAUGAAGAGAUCUCUAAAACUGCAUGGCUUCGUCCAGGCCAGAGCAUCGAAUGA